AUGAUAGGCAAGCUUGAGCGCAACUGGAUCCCUCCACCUCAUGGGCUAUAUAUUUCAGACUCACGGUGGUCCUCGUCAUCCUCGAAGAGAUGGAAGCAGAGGCAAACUAGCGAUUCCUUUGCACGAGAGGCAAAAGUCCAAGGAUUGAAAAGCAGAGCGGCUUUUAAGCUUAUUGAGAUCGAUGCCAAAUACAAGAUAUUCAAGAAGGGCCAGACCGUUGUUGAUCUUGGCUACGCACCAGGCAGUUGGUCACAGGUAGCGGUCGAACGGACGAAACCAAGAGGGCGAAUUGUGGGAAUCGAUAUUAUCCCUGCGCAGCCUCCGAAAGGCGUAUCUACCAUCCAAGGCAACUUCCUAUCCGUGGAAGUGCAAGAGCAAGUGAAGCGUUUCCUAUCAGAUCCAGACCGUGGACGACCAAAACAAGAACUGUUCGCCAGCAGUGAUACCGACGGAUCGCCAGAAACGGAGGGUGCUAUAAGCUACAUCGAGCAAGAGCAGCACGACAUUGAUGAUGUGCAGGGCAAUACAGAACGCACUCCGCCCAACGAGAAGGGCCAGAAGUUGGAAGAUGACAGAAGAAUUGUGGAUAUUGUUUUGAGUGAUAUGUCCGAACCCUGGGAACAGACCACUGGUUUCUGGAAGAAAAGCCUAAGUAACCCGCAUAUUAGGAUGAUGAACACCACUGGCAUCAAUUUCAAAGACCACGCUGGAAGCAUGGAUCUUUGCAAUGCAGCACUACGAUUUUCGGUUGAUACUGUCAGAAAUGGAGGCCAUUUUGUAUGCAAAUUCUAUCAGGGAUCCGAGGAGAAGCACUUCGAGCAAAAACUGAAAAAGCUUUUCGCAGCUGUGUAUCGAGAGAAACCUGACUCCUCGAGAAAGGAGUCCAAGGAGGCAUAUUUUGUUGCGUUAAGAAGAAAGAAGGAUGUGGCCAUGGAGGAUGUUUUUGGCACGGAUAAUAUUACUUGA